GAUCGUCAGCAAUGGCAAAAAAUCAACAGUCCAGUAAUAUCGUAUCAAUGGAUAUAGAAGAAAACUCAAAUGAUAACGAUGUUUUUCUAGAGAAAUGUAUUUCAUUUGCUGAAAUCACCUCCACUGACCGAGCACUUGGAAUGAUGUAUCUUCAAAAUUAUAACUGGGAUCUAGAGCUUGCCGUGAAUAAAUACUUCUUAACACAACGGAAUAGUUCCACUAAGAAACAAAAGCGCAAACGAACUUAUCAACAAUCAAAUGAACAACCGACUGUGAUCGAUCUUACUAAUUCUGAUGAUUCGUGUAAUAAUAGUUUGACAGAACUAACAGUAUCAACAACUAGAACUGAAUCAAUUGAAAAUUUGCCAAUAUUCAAUGUUUUGUCGUGGAAUAUUCAAGGUUUGGAGUCAACAAACCUAAACAAACGAAUGAUGUCUGUAGUGGAGACAAUAAAGAAAGAAGAAUUCCAUGUAGUUUGCUUACAAGAAGUUAUACUUGUCUGUUUGGAAAUUCUCCAUGAGAAGCUAGAUUCAACGUAUGAUAUUUUUUCUGCAUCUGAUCAUAACUCUCUAUGGGAUUAUUUUGUUGUCAUUUUAGUUAAAAAGCAUCCAGAUAUAAAGGUUGACGCGGAUUCUGUUAGUAUUCAACCAUUUCCUAAUUCUGUAAUGAAUCGCCAUCUACUAUCUAUUGAUCUGAAUUUAUCACAGUUUCUAUCCAAGUCUAAUGUAGAAUUAAAUCUACGAAUAUUUACUGCACACUUGGAAAGUUGUGCAGAAUAUUCUGGUGAACGGGUGACUCAAUUGAAAAGUGUUUGGGAUACAAUGUCCAGUUAUGUCAAGUGUGGCGAUUCUCAAGCUCGUUUAAACAAAAGCCGUGCAAGUAUAUUUUGCGGUGACCUUAAUCUGAGGGAUUCAGAGGUCGGCGUGUUAGGUGGCUUACCUUGUGGGAUACAUGAUGUAUGGUAUGAAUGUGGACGUCGCCAUGAGAUAAGGAAUACUUGGGACCCUAUGCACAACCUAAAUGCUCGACGUCAAUUCAGAGGUAUUCCUCGAGCUCAUAUGACUUUCCGAUAUGAUCGCAUGUAUGCGUUAGGCUCCAGAUUAAAACCCGUUGAUUUUGGCCUUCGUGGAAUCGAAAAGGUUAAGAAUCUUCCGUGUUUACCUUCUGAUCACUGGGCUAUACUUGGUCGAUUCUUAUUAACUGGCUUGUAAUCUUCAAUGUUCUAUUCCUUGUGAACCACUUCUCGCAUUUAAAAACGCAGAGUUCUCUUUUUUUCACUCAACAGUUGUGUAUAAAAACAGAUGCUUAAAUGAAUAUUUUCAAUUUAUUCCUAUUUUUGAGCAUACAGCUACUUGCUAUAUAUCAAAUAACAGUUCUAUUUAAAUCUGCAUAUACAGUAAGGUUUUACCUUACGAUAUUAUUUCACUCUUCAGUAUCAG